AUGGAAUUAUUACAUUUCUUAUCCAAUCUUCAUACAUUGAUGUUUAAUCCUGAAUCAUUUAAUAAAAUUGAUUUAGUAUCAAUUCAACAAAAUGAAAUUUUUCAAAUAAUAUCAAAUAUAAAUACUAUUAGGAAUAUGAUUAUUAAAUCAAACUGCACAUUUCAACAAUUAAAAUUACUUAUUAAUCUUUGUCCUCAGAUACAACAACUUUCAAUGUGUAUACAUAAAAUAUUUUUAGAAGUAGCUUUACUAUUUCUAUUAUCAAAUGAUAAUGAAUAUACUCAUGAACUGCAUUCAUUAUGUAUCACACAUAGUAUUGUUAAAGGAAUUGAAAUAAUCAAUAAUUUACUUCAAUCACAGAAAUGA